AUGAGCUCUACCGACUAUCCCUUACGGCAGUGCGGCAUCUACCGCAACCUGCCCAACUUUGACCCCUCCAUCCGUAACCUCAAUGCUAUCAUCACCGGUUCCAACGGUAUCUCUGGAUUUGCAACCCUGCGUGCUCUUUUGGAUGCCCCUGAGCGAUGGUCAACCAUCUAUUCUCUAUCGCGGAGCGGCCUCUCUGCGGAGCAGCGGGCUCUGAUCCCUCAGUCACUUCGCUCCCAUAUCAAAGAAGUUUCUGUUGAUCUCACCCAACCUAGUGAGGAGAUUGCCGAUACCCUCCAGAAGGCUGGUGUCAAGGCUGACUAUGUCUUCUUCUACGCCUAUCUACAGCCUAAGACGGGCGACUCGAGCAUGAGUACGAAGAUGGCUGAUGCGUUGGCAGACAUCAAUGUACCCAUGUUCAAGAACUUUCUUGAAAGUUUGGAGCUUGCGAAUCUCGAACUAAAACGCAUUCUGCUGCAGACGGGCGGGAAGAAUUACGGCCUUCAUAUCGGCCGUUGUCGAGCACCGCUGGUGGAAUCUGACCCGAAACCACGUCAUCUCCAGACAAACUUUUAUUACUCUCAGGAAGACCUUCUUUUCGAGUACUGCAAGAAGCACCCCCAAACGGGAUGGAAUGUCGUUCGUCCCGUUGGUGUUAUUGGCGUCGCUCCGCGUGCUCCCCUAAAUGCGUUUUAUCCCUUCGCGAUCUACGCUGCCGUCCAAGCCCAAAAGGGUGAGCCUCUAUACUUUGGAGGAGACUUUGAAUCGUGGCAGUUUGAGUAUUCGCAUUUUACUGCCCGUCUGGGAGGGUAUCUAAGUGAAUGGGCGGUGCUGGAAGAGAAAUGCAGAAACCAUGCCUUUAACCAACAGGAUGGCGCUACCAUCACUUGGGACCGCUUCUUCAACGAGUUGGCUCGUUGGUACGGCGUAGAGAUGGGCGUGGUCAAUCCUGAUCACGAUGCAUCCAAGUUCAUGAUCAUCGAGUUCGCCGGUGGCAAGGAUAGUCCCCUGGGAUACGGUCCCCCGACGGCUCUUAGAAUCAAGUUCCGCAUCGCUGAAUGGUUCAAGCAACCCGAGAACCGUGUAGCUUGGGAGCAAAUCAUGGCUGGAUUGGCUGGUCAGGUCAAACGUAAUGUCUUCGACGAUCCAGCUAUGGAGACGGUUAUCUCGGAGUUUGACUAUGAACGACGCGCUAAUUUGUCGAUGAAUAAAGUGCGGCGGUUUGGCUUCAAUGGAUUCGUUGAUACAUUGGAGAGUUUAUUUGAAAUGUUUCAAGAGACCGCUGAGUUCGGGGCACUGCCGAGGAUGAAGGUUGCAGGUGCAAACCCGCUGAUAUAG